GUUUUAAAAGACUUUAAAGUAUGCAACCAGUUAUAAUUUUAGAAGUUGUUUUAGUAGUAUUUUUAUCAGUCGAGUUUAGGAAAUUGUUCCACAUUUUAAUCUCAGUUUAAUAAAUAAUACAUUAGCUAGAAAAUGAGUGCUCUCACUAAAUCUUUAACGGUUUUUCUUGGCUUAACUGCCUGUGGAGUAUCAGGCUACAUCCUUUAUCUCCUCUUCCACAAAGACGACGAGGAUGACUACAUGGAUACCUUUGCUAAAGCUUCGAAAUUUAAAACUCACGAAAUUAAAGUACCAAAAGACAUGUUACGUGCUCUUAUCGGUCGAAAUGGCAAGUGUAUUAAACAAAUCCAAGAGCAGUCAAAUACCAAGAUCAAUUUUAAAGAAGUAGAUGGAUCUGAAGAUAAGAUAUGUGUGAUAAGGGGAUGCGUGGAAGCUUGUCAUAUUGCUGAAAAUUUAAUACAGGACUUCAUCAGUAAUCAACCAGUUUUGGAAAGUGAAGACAUCUGGGUACCUACGUCAUCAGUUGGAAAAAUUAUUGGAAGAAAUGGUGACAAAGUAUCGGAAAUUAGAAGUUUAUCAGGAUCUAAAAUAACAGUUAAUGAUGAUGAAAAGGUGCUGAAUUCCAAAAGAAUAACAAUCAAAGGAACCAAAGAACAAAUAAAUGUUGCAAAAUCUCUCAUAGAUGAUAUUGUAGAACAGUCUCUACAACAGCAGAAGAGGUUAGAAGCUUCUUUGGCUAAGAGAGAACCCAGGAUUCCUCCAAAAUCUCCAGAAUUGGCAAAAACAAUUGAUAGUCCCAAAGUUGAAAGGAUGUCUCCAAUACCAGGCCAACCAGAAACACCUUUUGAGGUGUACGUUUCGGCUAUGGUUGACCCUUCAAGAUUUUGGGUACAAAUCGUUGGACCUAAAGCGACUGAAUUAGACUGUUUAGUAGAAGAGAUGACUGAAUAUUACGGCAAAAUAGAGAAUAGGAAUACUCAUUUAUUAGACGAAGUGAAAAAAGGAGAUUUAGUAGCUGCUACUUUCAUGUAUGACAAUAAAUGGUAUAGAGCUGAAGUAUUAAAUGUGAUUGAAGCAGAUGAAAGCAAUUCGAAUGAAAAACAGGCGGAGCUAUACUAUGUAGAUUAUGGUGAUACUGAUAUUUUGCCUUGCAAAGAUCUUUUUGAGUUGAGAACGGAUUUUUUGAGGCUACACUUUCAGGCUAUUGAAUGUUUUCUGGCUAGAAUUGAACCUAGUGGCGAAUCUUGGUCUGAAGCGGCCGUAGACCGUUUCGAGGAAUGGACUCAUGUGGCGCAAUGGAAAAAAUUAUCAGCCAAAAUGAACGGUUAUAGCAUACGAGAAAAGACGAGAGCGAAGCGCGAAGGUUCUCCCGUUCCGGGAGUGGAUUUAUACGAAAUCGAAGAGCACGACAUUGACAUUGCCGAAGAACUGGUUAAAGCCGGAUUGGCGGUUUUCAAAAAAGAAGUUAACUUACUAUCCGGCAGUAGAGCAACUAGUAAUAGUAAUAUUAGUGUCGCAAGUAGUUCAUAGCUAAAUUAUUUAAUCAAAUUAUUGAGUUUUGUAUAUGUUGGGGAUUGUACAUAAAGCCUGAAUCGCUAGGAAAAUAUUGUCUUCUAAGUUCAUUCGGUUCGAUUUAUUGGAGCAAAUUAGUAAAUAUUAUGCUUUUAUUUUUUGAUUAUAAACUAGAUUUAGUAGGUUAAUACAGGAUUGAGUAAAAUUGACGAAACACUAGAUUUCUGGGUUUAUUGGAAAGUAAUGAAAAAAUGAUUGAACAGAUCGAUUUUAUUUUUUAGUUACGCAUUUUUUGAUGUAUAUAUUUUUUUAACAUUAUCACUAUUCGAUAUAUGACGUAAUUGGUAGUUUUUUAAAUGGAGACCAUUUUUUUAAUAGUACCAAGUUAGAAAACAUACUUUUGAGACGACUGUCAUGAAAAAUGAUAUUUUAGGGAUUUAUUAACAUCCCUAAAGUGUCAGUUUUCUUGGCCGCAUUUACUGUAUGGUCGCUUUUUAUAAACACAGGUUUAUUAUACUUAUAGUUGGCAAUUCUUUACAAAUUUUAUUAGUUAAUGAUGGACUUUUAUUCUACCAACAAAAAUUUAAAACAAUUCUUGCAUUUAAGCCUCUUUUUAAAAACUAGAAUGUAAAAAAAAUAUAUUGGCUCUACUUAAUGAGAGUCGCCUAAAAAAUGUUUUGUUCACCUCGACCGUAUGAUCUUUUUUGGCCUAACCAGAAGUUUGGCCUUGACUACGCUAAUUUUGGAGUCGGCCAAAAAAGCUCAACGUUACUGGCUUUGUACACAAAUAACUAUUUUCGCGUAUGGGAAUCAAAUUUCGUGUUAUGUUAUGUUAUACAAAAUGUCAUUUAUUAUUCAUAACAAUGACUAAAAACAUGUUAUCCGUCCACCAUUGCUUUUAAACAUAAUUAAUCGUUGAAUUAUGAGGUCUAUUCUGUAUCAUACAGUUCUACAUGGUUGCUCGAUAAAAUCAGAAUUCUUUAAGUAAAAUUUGGGGGGUUGAACUCUUUCAAGUAGUGACUCGCACUUGAUAAAAGCACCUAGUAAUUUUACAAAGAAUAGAAAGGUCUGUUUUCUCCUUAAUUUUAUGCUCUUCAUGCCACAAAACAAUUACUUUGUUUGAUAACAUGUGGUAUUGGCUGCGUUGUCAGACCGGUCGCUGAACAAUUUUGUCAAAACUGCCUAGUUCUAAUUUUUCAAAUCCAUGAUCAUCACAACCAUUUGUUCUUGCCAUACAAACUUUUUAAGUUAUUCCCAGAUAUUUUUACUAUAGUAAAUUAUCCAUAUAUUUUCGAUUAAGAAAUAAUGUAAAUAUGGACCAUCGUUGAGGUUUGACUUUAAAACAUUCAAACUCUGUUAUAUUAAAUAGUGGAAGAUUAUUUUUUGUUUGUGCGAGUGGAAUAACAACUAACAACAUUAAAGUUUUAACUACAAGAGUUGAGAAAAAACAUUUACGACCGAUCUGACUGAACCUGACCAAUCAGUUGACUAGUCAUGACUGAUUAUGUUGGUCGGUUUUAUUUUUCGUUAAACGUUUUCAACUUGUCCUACUGCUUAUUUAACGCACCCAUAGCUUUGGAAUCAGUGCUUAAAGAAUAGGAAUUUAAUGAAUUUACAUUGAAUCAUUUCAAUUCUGUUGACAUGACAGGUGUAAGUAGGUUGCCAAAUAGAACAGUAUUCCAGGACACUUUUUACCAGGCAUCAGGCAAUUGUAAAGAGUAUAUGCGAUUAUCAAAAUUAAUCGAAAAUAAUCUAAUCAUUGAAAAUAAUCGACUAAUUCAAAAUAAUCGAUUUAUCGAAAAUAUUCUAUCAAUCGAAAAUAAUCGAUUAAUCGAAAAGAAUAGAUUAAUUGAAAAUAAUCGACUAAUCGAUUAUUUUGCCUACCAUUAGUAAAGAGUCCUAUUGCUUUUGUGUCAUUAACGUACCUAGUAUAUCUCUUCAUGAAGCCACACGUUCUGACGAAUUUGCAUACUAUGGAAUCUAUGUGGUUGUUGAAAGAAUGUUGGUAUCAAAAAUAAUGCCCUGGUCAAUAAAUGUCAACGAACUCUCUAAUACUCUGAGAUAUUGUGAAUUUUUGAUCAUGUCAUUCAGGAUUAGAAAGACGAAUAAUAAAGAAAAACAUUCUUUAUUUAAAAUAGACAAACCUAAUAUGCAUAUAAGAUAAAAAAGAUUAAAAUGUAAAUGUAAUAAAUAAAUGUAUUGGUCACGUAGUAUACAUAAUAAUUGACAAAUUUAAAAAAAUAAUGAAAAUGGCGCCAAUAACGAGAUAGUAAGCUAAAAAACUUUUGGCAGAAAGCACUGGACUCUGCAAGUGUAAAAGCUCAUUCUUCUCUUAGUCCCAGUGGCAUGAAGCCACAUUAAGAGAGAACAGAGUGAAAAGAAUUCAAUAAAUGAAUUUAACAAAAAUAACGAUGAUAAUCCCCACUAUCAACAUCUCAUUUCAAAUUUAAAAAAUGUAAUCUGGAUAGUUGCUUCUCAAAUAAACGCAAACGUAGUUGAAGCAUGUGUGUCCGAUGCGAAUAAACAAAUACUCGAGAGAUAAAAAUGCAUCAGGUGUGGUUAUUCCAAAAAAAAUAUGAUGCCUAUGGAAUAUUCAAACACAAUCCGCACUGUGCAGAGGGUGCAAACAAAAAGAUGAGACCAUCGAGCAUAUGCUUUACUAUUGCUUGACGCUCUCAUUUAUUAGAAGAUUUGUGUUUGGCGAGUAUCGGCUAACACCGGCUGAUAUAAGAGAAGCACCUCUUGGCGACGUUGUCAACUACAUUAACACGUUCACGACAUCGAGGGAUCCACAGGGGACCU